AUGCCACCAAAACCUACAUACGUUAGUGGGGGUAGUGUUACUCAAACAGGUAGAAGUAAAUGGAGAUUAUCAUAUAUUCCUGAAUUUAUUUGGGGUAUUUUAAAUCAAAUAACUUUUUUCUUCUCAACUUUAAUAGGUGGUACAGUUGAACCUAGAAGACGUCCAAAUAACCAAGGUGGAGGUAGAAGAUUAGCAGGAUUUGAUGGUAAUGGUAAUGUAACAGGUGGAAGUGGUGUAGGUGGUAGUGGUCCAAGUAAAGGUCCAGAUAAUGGUUCAAAUAAUAGAAGAGGUGACAUGAAAAAUAUUUUGGCAUGUAAUUCAGCUUCAGGAUCUUGAGGUCCGAAAUAG